AAAGUAACUAGGUCAAUAUCAGUAUUCAUUUUUAGAUUAAUUUUUUUUAAUUCUCAAAUAAAACUGAUUCAGAUACAAAGCAACACAGCUAAAGGAAGUCACCGUAUAUAUACCUCCUAUCACGCAUACGGGUCAUCCUCUAGGUUCGGUUUGAAUGGAAAUGUAUUGGAGUUGGUCUCCAUUUACACAUUGAAGGGUCCUUUCAUGUGUCAGAUCAGCGUGCUGUUGGUUUCAGUUGGUCUCCGGCGGUUCGAGCACUACGAGACGGCCAGUCCGACUGCUUUCCCCACUGUUUUAUCUUGAAUCAACGGGUGUGAUUGACAGCUUUCAGACCUAAGUUGAGAUGGACGAGCUCCAGGACGUGCAGCUGACUGAGAUCAAGCCACUGCUCACAGAUAAGAAUGGGCGUAACUUCCAGGACUUUGAUUGUCAGGAGCAUGACAUCGAGACCCCCCAUGGUGUUCUGCACGUGACGAUGAGGGGCACCCCCAAGGGCAAUAGACCAGUCAUCCUCACCUACCAUGACAUUGGUCUCAACCAUAAGUCCUGUUUCAACACACUGUUCAACUUUGAAGACAUGCAGGAGAUCACAUCCCACUUUGCUGUGGUUCAUGUGGACGCCCCAGGACAGCAGGAGGGUGCUCCCCCAUUCCCCACAGGGUACCAGUACCCUACCAUGGAUGAGCUGUCUGAGAUGCUGCCUUCUGUCAUGACUCAGCUGAAGGUGAACAGUGUGAUUGGGAUUGGAGUUGGCGCUGGAGCCUACAUCCUAUCCAGACUGGCUCUCAAUGAGCCGGCCCUGGUUGAAGGUCUGGUCCUCAUCAAUGUGGACCCUUGUGCAAAGGGCUGGAUGGACUGGGCUGCCUCCAAGAUGUCCGGUUGGACCAGCAACCUGGUGGACAUAGUGAUGGCCCACCACUUCAGUGAUGAUGAGCUGUCUGACAACCAGGAGAUCACCCAGACGUAUCGGCUGCACAUCUCCCAGGAUAUCAACCAGGAAAACCUGGCCCUCUUCUGCAAUGCCUACAACAGCCGUCGGGACUUGGAGAUUGAGAGGCCUGUCACCGGUCUGACUGACGACACGGUGAACACACUGACAUGCACUUCUCUGCUGGUGGUUGGUGACACGUCCCCGGCUGUCGAUGCAGUGGUUGAAUGCAACUCGAGGUUAAAUCCAACCAAAACAACCCUUCUUAAGAUGCAAGACUGUGGCGGGCUUCCUCAGGUCAUCCAGCCGGGUAAACUCGCGGAGGCCUUCAAAUACUUUAUCCAGGGAAUGGGUUACAUCCCUCAUGUACUGCUUAGCCACGUAAGCAGUGAAUCAGUGCCCACGGCCAGUAUGACCCGCCUGGUGCGUUCUCGUACCCACUCUACCUCCAGCAUGGGCUCUGUGGAGGGGAGUCGCAGCCGCACCCACACACAGCUAGAGGGCGCCACUGCUGCCGGCCCGGGUGUCGAACAGGCCAGGCCACAGACCAUGGAGGUUUCCUGUUAAAGAACCCAGCCCAGAAAACCACCACCUCCCCCUCCCUCUUUUUCCUUUCCCAUGCUCAAGGUCAGAGAGGAUUGGAAUCCUGAGGGGGCGUCUGAAACGUGUUCUGAAAGAUAAUUUAUGAAGACAGAAGCAGUCAGGUUCUCUGCUGUAUUCUCUCACCAUUUCCUGUUGUUGUCUGUCUAUCAUGCCUGUCUGUGCAUGACUGCUGUGGUACGGCAACCUGAAAGUCAGUAAGCAGGCGGACGAUGCUGCUUGUCUGGUUUUCCUUUUGCUGUCUACCAGCUCUCCCCAUUAAAAGAGGAGGUUGUUUUUUUUAAAUCUUUGAGAUAUAUUUGUAUUUAUAACUAUUUUGGGUCAGUGUGUCAGUUUAAAGAUAACAGAUGGAAAGGCAUCAGGAGUUUUCUCUUGUAAAGUAGUCUAUACGGAGUAAUGUUGCCCCUCUUUCUGUCUCCCUCUGGGGUCUUCCUCACCUUGCUAAUUGGUAAGAUCAGACCAAAUCACACCACCCCUCCUUAGUGGUCCAUUCCUUAAUCAGUCUCAUGACACACCAUUUUUUCUUGAUUCUUUUUUAAUUGUUUUUAUGUUGUGAUUUGUGAAAAAAAAAUACCUUUUGCUUUCCUGGAUUGCAAUACGAUGUGAUAAACUUGCUCCUGCUCUGUACCUUUAUACCAAGAAUAUCUGACAGAAUGACCCUCUAGUAGAUGAAACGUAAUGGACGUGUCUGUAGAAUUGCUUUUGUCUAGAUGUAUCUAGAAAUAGUUGCCUUGUUUGAUAUUUUCUUUUUCGAGUGAGUUAUUUGAAAUGGCAGGCCCUGGGUUUUUGAUCCCACCCACAUUUAUUAUUGACGGGCAGAGAAAAGAACCAACCCACUGGGCACAGACGUCAGUUCAGUGUGUAUUCCAUGUUGGUUCAACGUAAUUUCAUCGAAAUGAUGUGGAAACGACGUUGAUUCGACCAGUGUGUGCCCAGUGGGAACAUUUUACUGUAGUUUUGUUGAAAAUUCAAGUCAAAUGCGGAGAGUACCUAAACUAGCCCCAGCUCAGUCUGAGGUGAGUAAAUGUCUGUGAAUUGAGGUACAGAUAACAUUACUACCUCUUUCAUAAAAUAAAACUAAAAUAUAUUAACUUAUAUUGCUUCCAGUUAGUAGAAAAUAGUAUGUUUUCCCUCCUGAUUAAAUAAAGAUGAGGUGAAAACGACAACGGGUCAGAUGCCUGAGGGACUGUGGAUUGUGUAAUAAAUGUUUUUAUAGAGUUUCUUAUUAAUGUUAUUAGUUGGUAGUUUUCUCUGUGGUUUUCCUGCAUUUCUCUCUGAUUGUACUACAGCUUGGGUGAGCACGUGGUGAUGCAUUGGACUCUGUCUGCAUAGUAUACGGGGUGCUGUUAGUCAUACUGUGCUGACCAUGUCAAUUUGUACUGAUCAUAAAAUAAAGCUAGAAGCUGUA